AAGUGGUCAGACUAUUGUUCACCAUUGGCUUAUAAACCUGGUGAGCCUUAUAAGUUAAUUGCUGAAGCAAGUGUAGAUAAUUUCAGUAACCUUGGAAUAGCAUUCAUGGAAGACAGGCUUGAAAUGGAUAACGGAAUGGUGCCACACAAGAUUGUUUCUGUCCAUUUACCAGAAUCUACUCUGAAGGAGUUGGCACAGGUGGCACCAUCUGUGAAAGAGCGAAGCAUAAGCAGCACACAAAUAGGUGAAGUAACUCUUGCUGAUACUUCUGGGACUACUCUUAAAUCGGGAUUAGGAGUAGCUGAGUCUGCAGGACAAGGUGAAGAGGAGAAAUCCAAGCUAGAGAAAGAAAGUGAGUGUGAAGAUGAAUCCAGCAGUCUAUCUGACAAAGAGAUAGGUGCUGGAGAACAUCAUCACUUGCAUCUUUCCAGCUGUCAUGAAUGCCUGCAACUUGAAAACAGCACUAUUGAAUCGGUCAGAUUUGCCUCUACAGAAAACAUUCCAGAACUUUCUGAUAAUUGCAGUAGCAAACUGGAAGAGAAGAGUAAUGAUUGUCUAGCAAGAGGAAUAAAGAGAGUAAACCUUGCUGGAAAGCCCCCUAAUAUAUUGAUUUAUCUUGGCUCUGAAACUGCAAAAGUGGAAUUUGAGCAGGUAAAAUCAAUCCUUCAGGAAUGCAUCGAUACAGACAGCUACACCAUCUACCACCUGCGUGAGGAACAAGUUUUGAAAGCUCCAUGGAUUGAUAAUUCACUGCUGUUGAUCAUUGCCACAGGGGAGCCUAUUUCUGAGGAGAACCACAAACAAUUUAUGAAGUUUUUAUCUAAAGGUGGAAAGAUUCUGAGUUUUUCUUCGUCUUUUACAUUUGAUGGCAUACAAAUAAAGAGAAAAAGCAAACUGAAGAAGACUAUUCAUGAGUUAGUGGUGUCUAAAAUGGACAGCACUGAAAUUAAGUUAAAUCUUUUGGUCAGUGGCUAUAUUUUUGAGGAAGUGAUGAAGGAAGACACCAGCAAAGUGAAGAUACUGAGUCGGUUAAAUAAUGCCGAUAAAGAUACAGUUAUUGUUCAUCUGAUUCAUGGAAGCAGUGGAGGAGAAGCCAUUCUUUCUCAGGCACACUUGGAACUGGAUAUCAAUUCUAUGGAUGUCCAAACUGAAGAGGAUUUUAAUUUACUUAAGUUAAGCAAUACCAAGAGAUACGAAGUUCUCAAGGACAUCCUGAUAUCACUUGGCUUGAGUUGUGAAUUAAGUGAAAUUCCUAUGUUAUCACCUAUUUACGUUCUCUCUUCUGAUGAGGAAAUCCAUCUUGCUUUUCUGAAAUGGCUUGAGGGAAAUGUAGAUGCUGAAGGAUUAAGAGCAUCCAGCAAGGUGUCUCUUAAAUUUGUUUCAUCCUGUGAUCCAAAAAUGGAGGUAACUCCAUCUCUCAUGCCUGUCGUCACUGAGAUGAGAAGCUUCUCAUCAGGACAUUUCAGCCUGAACACAUAUCAACAAAAUCUUCAAACAAAGAAGCUUGGAAAGAUUAUUCUUUUUGCUGAAGUUACCACAACAACAAUGAAUCUUCUAGAUGGGUAA